AGGUUUUCUUUCUCUUUAAAUUAUAUAGGAAUUUUAUGCUGUCUUUUAAUAGUGUGGCUACAUUUUCUGUAGAAAUAAAAAUAAAAUCGUACGUGUGUGACAGAUAUAGCGAAUGCUGUGUGUGGGCGUAUAAUAUAUGAUAAUAUAUGAUAGAAUUUCAUUAAUGCAUUUUCCAAAACGAAUUAUGCAGAACAAAUGUAAGGUACCCUAAAAAAAAAAAACCGGACAUGCAGUAAUUUUUACACCGUUUGCUAGAAGAAUUAUUGCAAUUGCUUUUACAAUUAUGGAAGAUUCUAUGGAAGCACAGAAAUGGCAUCAGCAUUUAUCUUUACUGCGAGAACAGUAUGUUAAUUUGUAUAAUGCAAACACAGAACUUCAACGUGAAUAUGCUAUUGCUACAGCAAGUAAACAGGAGUCUGGCUUUAUCGGAAGACUCUUAAUAACAAUAGCAUCGUUAUACGGUCAACAUCGCUACAGCGAUGUAACCAUCAAAUUAGUAAAUCAAGAAAUACCUGCACAUAAAUUUAUACUAUCUGCUAGAACAGACUUUUUUAGUGAUUCAAAACUUUCUGAAGUGACUAAUUUAGAUUGGUCUAAUUUAGAGUCCAGUGUUGGAUUAGUAUUGUUAAAAUGGAUUUAUACAGGAAAAGUAUCUCAAGAAAAUUUAACAUUGGAUUUAAUGAAAGCAGCAUCUAAUUUUCAAUUGGUAGAAUUAGUUGAACAAUGCGAGACAUAUUUAAUUGGAAUUGUAGGAUUCAAAGACUGUGUACAGUUAUAUGCAGCUGCCGAAGAAUUAAGUACCCAAAAAUUAAAAGAACAUUGCAGCUCUUUGAUUUCGGCCCAUUGGGAAGAUUUAACUGGUGAAGACUUUAAAGAAAUGCCUGGUUCAUUGUUAUAUAAGUUAUUGCAAACGAAAAGUAAAUACCCAUUACAUGCUGCUAUUCGAUUGAUGAGGGAAGAUGUGGUUUUUUUAUAUUUAGUGGAAAAUAAUUCAGGGCUACCAAAAGCUGUAAAUGCCCUCGAUCAGAAGGGAGAAGUACCCUUAGAAGCUGCUUUAAAAACACGUCAACCGUCAUUAGCUCGUACUUUAGUUGAACAUGGGGCUGAUUUAAGUGCAAAAGAUUUGAGAGGUCUUUCUUUACUUCACGCUGCAAUUUUUAAAGGAGAUUCUUAUUCGGCAGAAUUUAUAAUAGAACAGUUGGAAAAAAUUGGUAACAUGCAACAGUUAUGCGAAGCUGUAAAGAUUACAGGAAAUGCACAGGACAUAGAAAAUCCUGAGGAUCUUGAAGGAUGUACUGCUUUGCAUUUGGUAGCAAAGCACAACACAAAAAAUAUGUUAGCCAUUGGAUCCCAAUUACUUCAAGCUGGUAUUGACCCUAAUUUACAGAAUCAGAAAGGAUGGACUGCUUUGCAUAGCUGUGUCUGGGAACAAAACGAAGCUCUUUUUGAUAUAUUGCUUCAAUAUCAAAAUGUACAUUUAGAUAAAACUACUAAUGAGAAUGACACUGCAUUAUGUUUUGCAAUGAAAAUAGAUCCAUUCAACGAAUCUUUCGCUACAAAACUUUUAUCUAAAGGUGCAACUCCCAAUCCUGUAUACAAAAAUACAGGAGACACUUUGCUACAUGUUUUAACCCGAGAAUGCAAAGAAGAGGCAGCGAUAUUUUUAAUUGAUUAUUGCAAGGAUAAUAUAAUGAAAAAAAAUAAUGAUGGAUGUUUAGUUUUACACGAGGCUUGUAAAGUUGGUUUGAAAAAUUUAGCUAAAGCUUUAUUAAAAAAUGGGUUUCCAAUAAAUGAAGUUACUUUGUCAACUGGAGAUGCACCAAUACAUCUUGCUAUUUCGAAUUUAUAUUUCGAUAUGGUAGUCGAAUUAUUAAAUGCUCCCAAUGCAAAAUCUCAAUUACAAUUAAAAAAUAACGCAAACGAAACACCUUUAAGCUUAGCUAUUAAAGCUCCACUUAAGAAAGGCAAAGAUAUUGUUUUGGCUUUAAUAAAAGCUGGAGCAAAUAUUAAUCAAUGUAACGAAGAAGGUUUGACAUUAUUGCAUCAAGCAAUACUGAAAGAGGAUUCAGCAACUGCGAUCUUUUUAUUAGAAAAUGGCGCAGACAUGAAUACACGGACUACAAAUGGAGAGACCCCGUUACAACUUUCUGUACAUUGUAGACUGGGUGAAGUGGUAGAGGCUCUUUGUAAAAGAGGUGCGGAUACUUCUGUGGGAUGCCCAUUAUGGGAUGCUCUAGAUUCGGAUCAAGAAGAUAUAGCAUCUAUUUUAGUUAAGUAUGGAGCUGACACUGACUGUUGGAGUCCUGGCCCAGAUGGUUGUCAACAAACAUUAUUACACAGAGCAAUCGAUGACAACAAAGAAGAUGUUGCACAAUUUCUUAUAAGAAGUGGUUGUGAUUUAAAUGCACCAAGGAGACCUGGUUCAGAUGGUAGAGGAGGUGAUGAGGCAAGAGAUGAAUGUACCCCGUUACAUUUAUGCUGUCAAUGGGGACUAGAACAAGUUGUUCAGACACUUAUCGAACAUGGUGCCGAUGUGAAUGCUCGAGAUGCAGAAGGCAAAACUCCAGUACACGUAGCCAUACAAAACCAGCAUUCACAAAUUAUUUCUUUAUUGCUUUGUCAUCCUAGUAUAGAUUUAAAUAAACGAGAUAAGAAAGGUUUGACACCAUUUGCAACAGCUUUAACAUUUCGAAACAAUAAGGCGGCGCAAGCAAUAUUGGAACGACUUCCUAAAGCUGCCGAACAGUAUGAUAACAAAGGUAGAAAUUUUUUGCAUACUGCCAUUCAGAAAAAUGACAUGGAAAGCAUUUUGUUCUUGUUAUCUAUACAGGUAGACGUGAAUUCCAGAGUUCACGAUGUCACACAAACUCCACCUUUACAUCUAGCUGCAAUCAAUGGAAAUGAAACGUUGGUUCGAAGUUUAAUUUUGGCUGAUGCACGCGUUAAUGAUACAGACGCAAACAGAAAUACUGCGUUACAUGCCGCAGCAAAAGCAGGUCAUGCUGCAGUUGCAUCUGCUUUAUUGCAGAACGACAUUAACUUUGAUGCAGUAAAUGCAGAUGGAGACAAUGCAUUGCAUGUAGCUGUAAGAGAAGGUCACGUAUCGGUAGUGAGAACACUUUUGACUGAAUGUACACUGGAUGCAGAAGCAGUGAAUUUGAAGGGAAGAAAUCCUCUGCACGAAUUAGCUAGAUGUGGGAAAGAUAACGCUGCAACUAUUUGUGAACUUUUCUUGGAAUGUAUGUCACAAUACCCAGUAAAUAAUGCAGAUUUGGACGGUAAUACUCCCCUAUUAAUUGCUUAUAUGAAAGGCAAUGGUCAGCUUUGCCGUACUUUGGUAAAGGCUGGUGCAUGUUUAGGAUCUAUGAAUAAAGAAGGCAUUACAAUUUUUAAUUAUCAAGUAGCAACAAAACAAUUACUAUACAGAUUGUUAGAUUCCUUAACACAAGAAGCACCAUGGGCCGAUAAAGAUCUUUGCUUGGAGUGUGGUACCAAAUUUUCACUUACGAUGCGGAAACAUCACUGCCGCCAUUGUGGUCGAAUUUUGUGCAAUAAAUGUUCUGGUCAAGAUGUGCCAAUUGUAAAAUUUGGAUUAAAUAAACCAGUGCGUGUUUGUGCGGUAUGUUUUGAUGUAUUACAAGUAGGUGCUGAAUGAAAAAAAGACUUCAAUAAAAAAAGAAAAAAGAACAUUCAUAUGUAAAUAAAAUAAAUGUCAUUCCAUAUGCAUUUUUCAUGGAAAAUAAGUCUGCAUAAUAUUAUGCAAGCCUGAGUAUGUAUAUUUUACUGUAUUAUAUAAGUAUCCUUGUUGAAAAUUUGUUAAAUUUAUAGUUACUCAAUUUUAAAUACAGAUGAUGGAAUGUCGACAGAAA